AUGGCCUCAUCCAAGAAGAACAAUCCCGCCCGGGCUGGAAGAAAGUCCAAGAUGGAGAAGUUGAAGCGAGAUCUCGCUGAUGCACAGGAAAAGCAGAAGAAGGAGCAGAAUGAAACACAGAAACAAGAGAACCAGAAGCUUGUUGAGGAGCUGGAAGCAAACCUGUCCAAGAUGCACAACCCCGGCCCGAUGGACGUCGACGACGACAAGGAUGAGGAUGGAAGUGACGACGACGAUGCGGGUUUGGAAAAAGACGUGAAAAAGGAAGACGUGUCUGAGAGUGACAAUGACAAGAAACCCACUGCUCAGAUAAAAAAUGACGCUGAUCAAAAGGAAACAACAAAGACAGAACAGAAAGAAUCGGCUGUUGACGAUCACAUCCCAACCGCUAAACAGAACAGUCAUGAUGCAGCCGAUGACAAAGGAGCUAAGGCAGCCGACAGCGAAGACGAAGAAGCACUUUUCGUCGCAACCAAACAGAGGACCGAUGACGACGACCAGGAUGAACUCGACGAGGACGGCGAGAAAGCUCUUUUUGUCAGGCACAUUCCCAAGCAUGGUGACCACAUCCAGACCGUUGGUUGGGGCCAAGGCAAAACUGGCACAUUCUACAUCAAUCGUCACGGAAAGAGAGGCGCGUCAAAAUACCGGCUUGAGUCGCUCGCCGAGUCUGCCGAGUACGAGGAAAGAGAAAAGAACGACGAGGACCCCCAUAAAGUCACCAACUCGGAGAAUCGUUACGGCGAUAAGAAGCUACCCAACGGAAAAUGGAAGUACACAAAGCGCCAUAUCAUUGGCAUUUGGGGGGUAGCAUGGGAAUGCCCCCGUGGGCUGUGGGGAGGAUCUCGAUCUGACAUAGUUGACAAGUGGCCAACCACAUACGUCUUGAUCAUGUGGGACAUCGAAGGGGAGCGGAAGAAGGUUUGGGAGACGAGAUCGAGCCUCAGGAGCCGAUGGACGAAGAAGGGCGCAGAUGCCGCCAUUUACGAAGCAGCGUGCGAAGCCGAGGAUCGGCACACGGAAGCCGAGACCGGCAUGCGUCCAGCGUCCAGCCGAUCGCCUUCUCACGGUCUCGCGGAGACAGCCACCGCGCGUUUCAGAGCACAGUCUCAUCAUGAUGAGAGUCAUGCCCGGAAGGUGCAGUUCCAAGUUGGUAAGGGCGCCCAGGACAUCCAUGACGUCGCGAAUGCUUUGGAGGCUUUCAAGAUGAGCUACGGGGAGCUUUACGGGAAGCCGUUCCACCAAAUGAAUGUGAAGGAAAAGGCCGAGAUGGUUAGCUCCUGGCAGCUUCAGAAAGCGGAGAUUCUUGGGUAUUAG